AUGACGUCAUCAAAAAAGAAUGUGAAUUUCAGUGUGGGUUCGACAUUGCUAACACCAUGUGGCCUGGAUGAUGAGAGCGAUGGAUUUACGACUUGUGAUCCUUCCUUUGCAGCUACAGCGAUAAAUGAAUCCGAAUUGGGGAUCAGUGAAGACACUUCUUCAAUGCUCUGUCUAUCUUCUGAUGAAGUAGACAGACUGAAAGUUUCUAACAACAACCCGACGAGUGACUUCUUUUUAGAAUCUACAAUUUCUGAUAAAAUCAAUGAAAAUGAUUAUGGUGCAGGUAGCAUUUUUGCACCAAACAGCACACUGUUAGGUGAUGAGAUAGACUCGGUGAAAACCGAGGAAAAUUUCACCAGUGGUCUGAAUCCUGGCAAACAACUGGAGAAGGAAACAGAAAAACCAAAAUGUGAGCCACUUCCGAAAGUUGCCUCCAAAAUCAGUGAGAUUCUCCAAAAGAGACCAUUGAUGGCACCAACAGCAGGAAAACGAUUAUAUCCACAAUCUCUUCCAUUACCUGAGCCAAUCCAAGUGAACCAUAUAAUUGUGAUUCAACCAGGAUCUCAAUACCUUCGUAUUGGACGAGCAUCUGAUCCUUUUCCUGUUGUUAUCCCUCACUGUAUUGCUCGUCGGCACAAGACACCUGGAUUUUCUGCUGCUAUCAUUCACCAGGAGUCAGUCUGUGCAACAUUUGGAGCAGGAGUUAGCAGUGCUUGUGUAGUGGAUGUCGGAGACCAGAAAUCUAGUGUCUGCUGUGUGGAAGAUGGCAUUUCACACAGAAACACAAGGAUUGUUCUGGAUUAUGGUGGUAGUGAUAUUACACGUUGUUUUCAGUGGUUGCUUGCUAAAUCUGGAUUUAAUCCACAACACUUGAAACUCUCCGACACAGUUGACACAACAAUAUUGCAAGAGUUCAAGGAAACAUUUUGCCAUUUAGAUCAGCAACAAGAUGGCAUCUAUGAACAUUCCAUCCAAAUCAAGAAGCCACAAAGUUUGAUAAUUAAGUAUAGCUGUGUGAAGCUUGGAGAUGAGUGUAUUCUGGCCCCUCUCAGUCUCUUCUUUAUUGACAUGCUGUCUCUGCAGGGCUCUCAUUUGUGCCAUACUCAGCAGCGCUUUGAAGGGGAUUCUGAUGAUCCUCACGACGACUUCUACUUAUUACAAACGCAGAGUCAACAGCAACAGGCUGCUCGCUUGAAUGCAGCUCGGAAGAAAGAAAAUACUGAGGCCAGCCUCAACCAGCUGGACACAUCGUUCAACCAGUAUGAGGACACCAACCUAAGCCACCCGCAGCUAGUUGAUGAGGAUUCCUAUGAUGGCCCUGACAACUUCUCUGGCAGUGAUGCUUUCAAAGGAGAACGGAAAUUAGAAAUUGAAGAAGAGGAACCACAGGACUCAAGUCCUGAGUUACAAUUGAUGGGCUUGGAUCAAGCCAUUCUCCACAGUAUUAAUAAAUUAAGUAAUGAUGAAAUAAAGAAAAAAAUGUACAGCUGUAUCCUUGUAAUUGGUGGGGGCUUAAUGUUUCGAGGGGCACAAGCAUGGAUACAGCAUCGUUUAUGGUCUCAAUUGCCUACUCAGUUCCGUUACACUUUAGAAGCAAUGGAUAUCAUCACAAGAGCAAAGGAUAUGGACCCAACACUUACAUCAUGGAAAGGAGCAACUGUCCUCUCCUGCCUUGACACAACCCAGGAACUAUGGAUUCGACAGAAGGAAUGGCAAGAGUGGAGUGUACGCAUGUUAAGAGAGCGGGCUCCUUUUGUUUGGUAA